GCUGACCGGAAAACAAACCAUAACCCGAGAAGAGAAACCUCCUAAAACCUUAUAAACCCUAGCUCCCGCCGCUCCUCCAUGGCGGCCGCCCGGGCCACGCUCCCUCAUCCCCACCUCCCCGCCCCCUCAUGGAGAACCCAGCUCAAGCCCGUCCCGCGCCGCGUGGUCGCCGCCUCCGCCGCGCCGUCGCCGGCGCUCACGGCGUCCCUGCGGCUCGGCGACGUGAUCGAGGCGCAGCAGUUCGACCGGCAGGCGCUCAACGAGAUCUUCGAGGUGGCGCGGGAGAUGGAGGCCGUGGAGCGGGGCUCUCACGGGUCCCGGAGCCGCGUCCUCGAGGGGUACCUCAUGGCCACGCUCUUCUACGAGCCCUCCACCCGCACGCGCCUCUCCUUCGAGGCCGCCAUGCGCCGGCUCGGCGGGGAGGUGCUCACUACUGAGAACGCCCGCGAGUUCUCGUCCGCCGCCAAGGGCGAGACCCUCGAAGAUACCAUAAGGACCGUUGAAGGUUAUUCGGAUAUUAUUGUUCUUAGACAUUUUGAAAGUGGGGCUGCAAGGAGAGCAGCUGUUACUGCAAACAUUCCAGUUAUCAAUGCAGGUGAUGGGCCAGGGCAACAUCCAACUCAGGCUCUGUUGGAUGUAUAUACAAUAAAGAGAGAGAUUGGUAGGCUAGAUGGAAUAAAGCUUGGUUUGGUUGGGGACCUUGCUAAUGGGAGAACAGUUCGCUCUCUUGCCUAUUUGAUUGCUAAAUACCAGAACAUUAAGAUAUAUUUUGUAUCUCCAGAUGUUGUAAAAAUGAAGGAUGACAUCAAAGAGUACUUAACUUCACAAGGUGUUGAAUGGGAGGAAAGUUCAGAUUUGUUGGAGGUGGCAUCCAAGUGUGAUGUUAUUUACCAAACACGCAUUCAAAAAGAAAGAUUUGGUGAGAGGAUCGACCACUAUGAAGCUGCUCGUGGUAAAUACAUUGUGGACAGAAAGGUUUUAGGUGUGCUGCCGAAGCAUGCUGUUAUCAUGCAUCCACUUCCAAGGCUUGAUGAGAUCACAGUAGAUGUUGACAGCGAUCCAAGGGCUGCAUAUUUUAGGCAGGCUAAGAAUGGCCUCUACAUACGGAUGGCACUGCUCAAACUUCUGCUUGUUGGUCGUUGACAGCUAUUCCUAGUGCCUGAGCCAGCUGUGCGUUUCUCGAGGGAUCAGAUAAUGUAACUCAACUCCCUGGUGCUGUGCAAGGUAGGUUGAAUCCUUGCGAGAAUAAAGCCAUGUUUGUAUGCUUAAAAUUCCGAAGGAAUAUUUUCUGGCAUAAUGUUGAACAUCCUUUGCUGAGGAUUGAAUGCAGUGGUUUUGGGUGGCGCAAGAAAAUUCCGUGUUCUUAAUAUUACAAAAGUUUGUUUCAGAGCUGAUGAUGUUCAGCACUGUUCUGCCUUUCGUUGCGUUUUCUGGCAAUUGCUGAUCUACCCUUGAGAUACC